GGGAACGCCUGGUUGCUGCCUGAACGUUCAGUUGGUGCGCGGUUUGGUUAGCGGACAGUGUGAUUUUCGGAUACCUAAUUAACUCUUUUAUAACGGUAGUGUUCGUGUGCGGUUGCAGUGGUAGUGCUUAGUGUGUGGUUACGAUGAACACGUUCAUCACGAGCAGAGAGAUCCAUUAUCAGUGCGGCUAAUCAGUGCCCGGACCACAGUAGUUGUAGUGCGGUAAGUGAGAAGCAAAAAUCAUGGAUACGGAAUUCUACAUCCACCCUUCGGCGACCAACAACAACCCUCCAGUAAGGAAGAAAUGGAGCACCUCCUCCAUAUCCGGAUUGGAGAGCUUGGAGGAAGUGAUGGAGACGAUGGACCAAUAUACCAAAGACGACCUUCCUACGUUGCCUACGUCACGUCAGGCGCUGGAGGAUAAGAGAGGACGACGUAAAUCGUGGCAUCCCACUAUAGGAAAGUUUGAGAAGAAGCGACGCAAGAGUGCAGCCUCCACCGACCCGGCCUCGCCUGCUGGAGAUGAUAUCAAAUACCAUCGUCAGAAGCGUCCGUCUUGGUGGACCAUCUUUGUGCCUGAACACUUCAACACCAAAUCUAACAAGGCUCGACGAUCUUCGACCGAUGUAGGACGACCGGCGGCUGAGGAACCAAUACGAUUUGUGAGAAGCAAAAGUCGCUCCGUAGACCAUGGGUUCAGUUCCCCCUUUGACUUGGACUCGCUCCGUAGCAAGGUGGAGGGAAGGUUCGAGAGUGUCGACCGUCUGUCCAGGGAUGGCAGCACUACUGGCAGUAAUUCGAGCCUUUCCGAAAAGAAAAUGCAGGGGAAAUUGUCACCACCUGUUAAUACCAUCACUUAUACGGUCGAGCCAAAUGACACCUUGGCAUCAGUUGCGGCCCAUUUUGACAUCACGCCCUCCGAGUUGGCCAUCCUGAACCGGUUGCCGUCCCGGACUGUGUUCCCAGGACAAGUCAUCCGGGUUCCGGACAAGCGGCGACGCGACCAGGACUCCGAGGAUAAGGAGAACAAACAGGACAACCCGGAGUCGGACAAGGGCGAUGACAAAGAGAAAGAUGACAAGAGUGAAGUGUGCGAUGAGGAAAUGGACAUGUUGGAGAAGCUGAGACUGACGUCACCCAAGCCUGGACAUGCAGAGAGAGUGCGGACCCCUCUGUCUCCCACCCCUGACACCUCCCACCAACGCUUCCUCAAGAUCAACGUACGCCACAUCACUGACGGACAGGGAGUUGUGAGCGGAGUGCUGCUAGUGACUUCCAAUGCUGUCAUGUUCGACCCCAAUGUCUCGGACCCGCUGGUAAUAGAGCACGGACCAGAGUCCUACGGUGUGAUCGCCCCUAUGGAGUACGUUGUCAACGUAGCGAUAUACCACGACAUCGCUCACAUGAGGGUCGGCUCACACGACCAGUUUAGACCUGACUGGCCCAAGCCUGAGGUGUACCAUCUGAAGGAGCCGUUUCCCCCUGCCACUGACGGAGAAGGCAGCAGUGGCACUCUGUUGACCAUCAACCAAGGAGACUCGAUAGACAGUGGCGAUCCUCACCACUCGCCCUCCGCUAGGGAGGACUCCCUACUGGCCAAGGAUGAGACGUUCCCUGAGCUCAGGUCCUCGACUGAGGAUGAGGAGGAGGAGGAUGCAGGAAGUCUGUGCUCCUGUAGUGUGCCGAGGGAGGGAGACGCCUUCCCUAAGGCCUUUGACAGAGACCUAGUCACCCCGACCAACUUGUCCACCACCACUGAGAAACAGGAAUCUGAAGCAGAAGACCCUACGCCCAAAAACGAGAGUGUGGCGUUGAUAAGAUCUCUGGAAGAGAGAAGGAAAUCUUCCCUGGACCAUCACUGGGCUGUGCCUAGCAAGGUCAGGUCGCUGGAGGAGCAGAGUGCUAGUGUGUCAGACACACAAGUGAUGGACAACAAUAGACGCAACAGUGAGGGCCUUCUGGUCAAACUGUCUUGCCAUGACUCGGGCAUUGACAUCAGAGACCCACCGCCUGUAGUACCACAGGUACCACGCAAGUCGACAUAUUCAGACGCAGACGUGUUGUUGAGUGAUGAGUUUGUGCCACCGGUGCCAAUACAACCUUUACGACCAACUGGUGCCGCCGUUAGCUUCAGUCUCGACCAAUCACAGGAGAGAUCUGUCUCCGAGAGUCACGACGGCAUCAACCUCAGGGAUAAGGACGACCACGAGAAAGAGACAAAGAAAAACAAGAUGCUGAAGCGACUCUCUUACCCCCUCUCUUGGAUGGAAGGUCUCUCAGGAGAUAAGGAGGAGAAGGAUUCCCUCCCCUCCUCUGCCGAGAGCCAUCCCCCCUCCUCACACUCUGCGUCCUCCAGUGUGUUCUCUAAAGUGUUCUCUAGUUCUCCCAUUAACAUGGUGACGGAUUUUAGUUCCGGACUUUUCACCAAGACUCCGAGCGAAGAGGGAGGUCGUUUCCCCUUUCCCCCCUCCACCCCCGAGCCUCCCCCCACUCCAGCCUCUGCAGACCCUUCCAAACCCCAAGGUCUAGCAAGCUUCUCGCCAUCAAAUAUCACUAGCGCCAUUACUAACGUAGGGCGUUCCUCAGUCGGCACCUUCAUCAGACAACAACAUCAGCCGCAUCACAAAGACAAGACCGGCCCCAAGCUGGACUAUCGCAGCAUGGUCAGCGUAGAGGACAUGCCCGAACUCUUUGUCUCCUUUGACAAACUGAUACCUCGGCCAGCGCAGUCAUGUGAUGACCCUCCACUUUACCUGAGGCUGCGGAUGGGCAAACCAAAGGACAAGAAAAUACCAAAGAGCACCCCGAUCAUGUCCUACGGCAAGAAGAAGAUGAGGCCUGAAUAUUGGUUCAGUGUGCCGCGAGAACGGGUGGACGACUUGUACCGGUUCCUAAUGGUGUGGGUGCCUCAGUUGUACGGAGAUCUGGACGAGACUACAGUGGCCGACAGAGGCUACGAGCUGGUUGACUCUGACACGGAAUUGUGGGAAACGGAGGACGCUACUGCGCGACAAGACGGACGACGAGGCAGCGACGACGACGACAUCGCGGACCUCACACGCGAGAGUUGGGAGGUUCUCAAGGCGCCGUACUGUAAGCUCUACACUAUAUUGAAGACCCAGGCAACAAUGGGUUCCACUGAAACAGGCGAUGAGGUGUUGUCUAUGAGUGAAGAGCUACGGAGGGCGCUGUAUGCUAGUUCUUCUCUUGACCUCGAGCUUUGCCUUCCCGACCUCAACGGAGUCACUGAGAUACUCUCCGAGGACCAUCGCAAGUCUCUGUGUCGCCAUCUACCCGCCAGAGCCGAAGGAUAUGUCUGGACGUUGGUGUUCAGCACCUCACAGCAUGGCUUCUCCCUCAACUCCAUGUACCGCAAGAUGACAAGGAUAGAGAGUCCGAUCCUGAUGGUCAUCCAGGACACGGAUAACAACGUGUUUGGCGCCCUGACGUCUUGCGCACUGAAGAUGUCUGACCACUUUUACGGCACCGGGGAGUCGCUGCUGUUCAGGUUCGCCCCUGAAUGUCAAGUGUACAACUGGACGGGCGACAACCUCUACUUCAUCAAGGGGAACAACGAGUCCUUGUCAAUAGGCGCUGGAGAUGGCAAGUUCGGACUGUGGCUGGAUGGAGAUCUCUACCAGGGACGGACAGAGCCUUGCAACACUUACGGCAACGAUCCCCUCACGCCUUCCGUGGACUUUGUCGUCAAAACACUCGAGUGCUGGGCAUUCAUAUAACCUGUACAGUUACCGACGUUACCGACACGAUCUAUAUUUGUUGUAUUAUUUAUUAUUAUAUACAGUUUAGUCUGAGAAGAUGAAUGAUUUGUAGGUUAGGUCUUAGCUGCAUAGCCGUCAGUCAAUUCAUAUGAUAUAGGAUAUAAAUAUAUAGUUAGAGUUUACUGUUAUCUUAAUAUAGGAUGUAUAUUUUUGUCAGAUAGUUUUUAGGCCGGCCAAAUCGUAUGGUGUGAUAUGUAAUUUCGGACCCGACUGUUUACAAUUCGAAGGAUUUCUAUAUCACUUAUUAUUGUUUCGGAAGCUUUUUAUAUAUUUUUUACUUAGUAUGGAUACUAUGUUUUUGUAAAACAUGUAUCAUUGUGAUUUGGUUUUGAAUAGCCGAGAAUUAUGAUUGGAAUUUUUUAUUUAAGUUUUUCAACUUUUUAAAUACAUUUUUUUAGAGCCGAUAUUAUUUAAAUAUUUUAAAUACACUAAAAUUAUUUUGUCUCCUGUUUUCACAUUAAGUUUGUCUUGUUUUCGAAUGUGAAAGCAUAUUUAUAGUUUUAGCCAGGCACAUGAACAUUGUUUUUCACCCUGAGCCUAUAUUCUACAUUGUUUCCACUGAUUACGAUUGUUGAAUUGCUUAUUUAUGACCUUUCCUUUACCCAGCUUUCCGCACUGUUGUACAUUCGAGUUUCAGGCGUUGUUGCGUUUGUGUGCCUGGCCAAGACGUUGAGAACUGAUUAGCGUAGGUGUUACCGGGUUUGGCCGCUGUAAAUGUAAAUAUUGCGUUAAUCUUAACUAGUCAUUGCGUUAUGGUGAAGAUAUUUUCUAAUGGUCAAAAUGUCGAGAUCUGUUAUUUAUAGUGGGUUAUAUUAAUGGUAAUGCCAAAAUAGAAUGUUCAUGCCAUCUGUUGUCAUAGUUUAGUUGUAUGAGUGUCGUACCCACCAACAGUAAAUGUUAAAUUCGUAGGGGGGAUAUUUUAGCGUUGAAAUUUGUAAUUUAUUUUUCAACCGUUGCGAAACCUAGUUUGCGCUUUAAUCGGACCUGUUAAACGGCAUCAGUCCGCAAAUUGUUUGCAAUACUCUCAUUAAUUAACUGUUUGUAUGUAAUAUAUCGUAAUAUUUUGUAUUAAAACCUUUAAAAGUU